UCUCUGUAACUCUCUCUCUCCAGCUCUGGGACAGAUCAUGCUGUAUGUGGAUGGGAUGAACGGCCUGAUAGCUCACAAUGAAACGGUCCAGUGGCUCUACACUCUGGUUGGCUCUAAGUUCCGCCUGGUGGUGAAGACAGCGCUGAAGCUGCUGCUGGUGUUUGUGGAGUACACCGAGGCGAACGCCGCUCUCCUCAUCCAGGCAGUCAACGGCGUGGACACCAAGAGAGGCACCAAGCUGUGGUCAAACGCCAUGGAGAUUCUGGACGAGAAGGAUGGCGUGGACACCGAACUGCUGGUGUACGCUAUGACUCUCGUCAACAAGACGCUGGCCGGCCUGCCAGACCAGGACUCUUUCUAUGAUGUUGUGGACUGUCUGGAGGAGCAGGGGAUCGAGGCCAUGUCCAAGAGGCACCUUGGACGCAAGGGCACGGAUCUGGACCUGAUGGAGCAGUUCAACAUCUACGAGGCCACCUUACGCCACGAGGACGGCGACGACGACGCUCAGCCCUCGCCGUCCGGCCGCAAAGACCGGCGGCGGGCCAGCGUGGGCGGCAGCAGUGAGAGGAGGGGCCUGGAGCGACGGCGGAGCCGGAGACACUCCCUCCAGAACGGGCGGGGCCACGCCUCGGCCCCCGCGUCCCCCAGCAGCCCGCACUGCCACGGACACAACGGACACUUCCAGGCCUUCGGGGGGCAGCGCAUCGAGGACAUCAGCGAGAGACACAACAGCAGCUCACACCCUGGGCGUCCCCAGGUGGUGGUGAGCGCCCCCACCACCCCGGUCCACCGUGUUCCCCCCUCCCCGGCCUCCACGCCCGACACCAAACCAGACAGGCCUGCCCUGGGGGGUCUGCUCUCCUCCUCCUACAGGCAGCACCAGGAGUCGCUGGCUGCAGAGCGAGAGAGGAGGAGGAUGGAAAGAGAGGAGCGCCUGCAGAGGAUCGAGAGGGAGGAGAGGAACCGCUUCAAUCGGGAUUACGCGGACAAGCGCGAGGAGGCGAGGCACGCCAGAGAAGAAAGGUACAAGAACGUCGAGAGGCUCGCGUCGGAAGAGUUCGAGAGGGAGCGCCCGCGGGCGCCGACGAGAGGGCGCACGGAGAUCACGCUGUGUCUGAGCUCCAACCCCGCCAGCCGCGCCUCCUCCCGCUGUGCCACGCCCUCCUCGGCGGCCAAUCAGGAGGAGCCCUCCCCGAGCCCGCCCCAGACACAGGGAACCGAAAGAGACUUAGAGCCAAGCCUUGACACCGUGACCCGAACCAGAAGUCCAGCGCCAGAGUUAACAGCACCAGACCCUCCCCCAGAACCUCCCUCGGACGCACCAGACGAGACACAGACGCCAACGGAGACGGAGGCAGAGGCAGGGGCGGAGGCAGAGAGUGAGGACGUGGCUGAGGCUGAGGCAGAACAGGGCAGGGGUGUAGAGGCAGAGACGGGGACAGCGCGACAGACAGACGAAGACGUGAAGGAGGGAGCAAGAGAGGAGGGAGGAGAAAGGGCGGAGGAAGAGAAAGGAUCCGAGGUGGAGGAACAGGUAGAGGAAGGGGGGGAAGAAGAGGAGGUGGAGGCGGAGCCAGAGGGAGUCGAGGUGGAGGUGGAGUUAGAGGAGGAGGAGGAGCGUGAGAGGGUGCCGGCGCUGGGGCGAGAGGUGGAGGACAGCGUCUCGCUGAGUGAGAAGGAGAGGCAGAACGAGGAAGUGAACGAGAAGGACAACUGCUCCGCCUCCAGCAUCUCCUCGGCCAGUAGCACGCUGGAGCGCGAGGAGCGCGAGGAGAAACUCAACAACGACAACGACGCAGGCCAAUGGAAGCAGAGCAUCAAGGAGGCCGACGGGAACGACGAAUGCAGCAAGAUCCUCAACAGCAAGCGCUUCAUGUUGGACAUGCUGUACGCCGCCAGCAAGGCGCCCGGCGAGGACGAGGAGAAGGCCGGCGAGACGGAGACGGAGAAGAACGAGGAGGACCAGGAGGACCAGGACUCGUCCGUGGCGAGCCUGGCGAGCAGGAUCUCCACGCUGGAGGCCAACCGGCAGGCGCGGGAGGAGAACAUGAAGAAGAUAGACGUCCAGCACCUGGACAACCAGGGCAGCGUCCGAGCCGUGGCCGAGAAGUUCGGCGACCUGGUCAAGGGUCUGGGGACUCCGCAUGACCUGGAGGCGUCAGAGAGGCAGCAGCAGGUACUGCAGCCCGACAAGGCGCCCCCGCCGGCCCCUUCCUCCCCCCUGCCCCCGAAGAAGGAGUCGGACUACAUCUGGGACCAGCUCAUGGCCAACCCCAGGGAGCUGCGGAUCAAAGAGCUGGACUUCACCGACCUGGCGGACGAGGACGACCUGGACAUCCUGGACGCGGACAGUGUCAUGGGCUCCAGCGACCUCACGGCCCCGCCGCCGCCGCCUCUGCCGUGCAACGCUGCUCUACCCCCGGCCCCGCCGCUGUUCGGGUGCCCCCCGCCCCCUCCUAUCCUGGGCAUGAAGAUGGCCCCCAUCCCACCCCCACCCUCCAUGCCUCCAGCCCCUCCACCCCAGCCCCCGCUUAACUCCCCCCAGCUCGGAAGAGGGGAGCCCCCUCUCUUCCAGAAGAAGAAGAAGACCAUUCGAUUGUUCUGGAACGAGGUUCGGCCCAUGGACUGGCAGUACAGGAACCAUAAAUGCUGCAAAGAAUCUCUGUGGUCCAAACUGGAGCCGGUCAAACUGGACACGUCCAAACUGGAGAAUCUCUUUGAGUCCAAGUCCAAGGAGCUGCCUGUCACCAAGAAAGCAGCCGUUGAUGGGAAACGACAAGAGAUCAUAGUCCUGGAUUCCAAACGGAGUAAUGCCAUCAACAUCGGUCUGACUGUCUUACCCCCACCCCGGACCAUCAAGACGGCCAUUCUUAACUUUGAUGAGUACGCGUUGAACAAGGAAGGCAUUGAGAAAAUACUGACAAUGAUCCCGACGGAGGAGGAGAAGCAGAAGAUCCAGGAGGCCCAGCUGGCCAGCCCCGACGUUCCCCUGGGCUCAGCCGAGCAGUUCCUCCUCACCCUCUCCUCCAUCACCGAGCUGUCCGCCCGCCUGCAGCUCUGGGCCUUCAAGAUGGACUACGAGGUCAUGGAGAAGGAAGUGGCCGAGCCCCUGCAAGACCUGAAGGAAGGGAUGGACCAAUUGGAAAAGAACAAGACUCUACGCUACAUCCUGUCCACGCUCCUGGCCAUAGGCAACUUCCUCAACGGCACAAACGCUAAGGGCUUUGAGCUGAGUUACCUGGAGAAGGUUCCGGAGGUGAAGGACACGGUCCACAAGCAGUCCCUGCUGCACCACGCUUGCUCCAUCGUGGUUGAGAAGUUUCCAGACAGCUCAGACCUCUACUCAGAGAUAGGAGCCAUCACUCGUUCAGCUAAGGUGGACUUUGACCAGCUGCAGGAGAAUCUGAGCCAGAUGGAGCGAAGGUGCAAAGCAUCCUGGGACCACCUCAAGGUCAUCGCCAAGCACGAGAUGAAACCAGCACUGAAGCAGAAAAUGUCCGACUUCCUGAAGGACUGCGCGGAGAGGAUCAUCAUCCUCAAGAUCGUGCAUCGGAGGAUCGUCAACAGGUUCCACGCCUUCCUGUUGUUCCUGGGACACCCGGCCUACGCCGUGCGGGAUGUGAGCAUCCAUCGCUUCAGCAAGAUCCUCAGCGAGUUCGCCCUGGAGUACCGGACCACUCGCGAACGGGUCCUGCAGCAGAAGCAGAAGAGGGCCAACCACCGCGAGAGGAACAAGACCAGGGGGAAGAUGAUCACUGACAACGGGAAGUUUGGCGGCGCGUCUCCGGAGGGCCGCGAGAGCCCGCCCCAGGGCCUGCAAUACGCCGAGGACGCCGCGGAGCACGAGAACAUGAAGGCAGUCCUGAAGAGCAGCUUGCAGGGCGGCGGCGACAGUGGGUCGUCCACCGUGCCGGGCCUGCGCACUCGCACCAGGGCCAACAGAGGUCGCAUCGCCCCGUGGUCCUUGGUGAACGACGACCCAGCGAACGGAACGGAGGCCGACACCGCGGACGAGAUCAUGGAGCGCAUUGUCCGUUCCGCCACACAGGGGCCCAGCCAGCGCACGCAGCCUCGCGAGAGGAAGAGGUCCCGGGCCAAUCGCAAGUCAUUGAGAAGGACACUGAAGAACGGCUUGACUCCAGAGGAGGCCCAUGCUCUGGGGUUGGCCAGUGGCUCAGAGAUGCAGGUGUGACAAGGAGCUGGAUCAAGCAGGACACACACACACACAUCUGAGAAUCCCACUGCCCUUCCCUCAUCUCGCCGGGCAGCCAGCCAGCCAGCCACCCAACUGCAACAAGACUGGCACCAACCCUGACACUGCCUGGAUGUGUGGAUCUCAGCUUUAUGUUUAGACACCAGUGUGUGUCUCUUGAUAAAGUUGGACAGAGACAUGCUGAAGAGAAACGUGUCCAGCGAUACUAGCUGUAUCCAGAGACAUGGAGGCCCCACAUUUUGUUUCUGGUCAGCAAAGUGGUUCUGUGAGGGCACUGUGCGGACUCUCCUACCCUCCACUUUCUCAGGUCCCGAGGGAAACAUUCAAACCACUAAACUAUGAGGUUUUACUUGAGUGCUGAUUCAACACGCUGGUCCUAUCAGGGUGAAGUGUAAAUUUGAACAUGGGUGUCGGGGACACGUUGGAGAAACGUCUCCGACUUCAAUGUAAAAAGCAAAUCUUAAUCCCAGUGGGUUUGUGACCAUGGCUGAGAGGUAUUCCUGUAAACAGAGCGCUCUGGAGCCCCAAUGUGACUUGGCUGAGUGAGUGCUUGAAUAACUGUGGCCUUCAGCCUGAGCCACGAGGGCUUAUCGUGGCGCAGAUCUCCGUAGCUACGCCAACCCUCGACGUGAGAAACGUCUGAGAUUGUGCAGCGCUUGGGUCGUCACCCGUGUGGUUUUAGCGAUAACAAAAAGAGAAUCGUGGUUGCAUUUUCUUUCUCUUUUGAUAGAUUUGUCUCUGUGCACACAACAGUUAUUCUGCUUCAUUGUACUACUGUAGUAGUUUUGUCUUAAAGUACUUUUAUGCUGACGAAGGUGAUCAGACGCGGAAUAUUUGCACUGGAUGUAGAAGUUUGGUUUUUAGAGAGGGAGUGAUUAAUCCUUGACACUGUCACGCCACUCCUAUGUCCACUAAACAUGAAAACAAACCAUCCUGUAUAACCAGCAACCAAGCAGUAGCACAGUUUGUCGUAAAAUACAAUUUCUUAAGGCAGUAUCAAGAUUCCAUCUUCCAUAGACUGAGCUUGGUUACAGUGAGUUGGAAAUUGUGUUGGAGGAGGGAUGAACUGGAAUUUGUGGAACAUGGCAUGGUGUGUGGGAGAGGAAUGUGGAACACGCUUCACGCUACGCGGAAUUGAAACAGUGGAUAAAAAGAUGUUAUGGAAUGGAUAAUGCAGCAAUUGGCUUUGGAGUGAGCUGCAAGUUGACAUGGGAGCAGAGUGGUCGGAUAGUGCUGGGCCCAAGCUAACACAUGUAAUGCAUACUGAAUAUCUAGCUUGAGCAAACCUCCAGAAUAGACACAUGCUGCAUGUAAGAGACCAGGCAGGUGAUCACCACUGAUGCAGGUCAUUAGUCUAUAGUUGACCACACGUAUAAUGUGACUGAGGUGUUAGAAUUGAGAGAGUGGCUCGGUAGAAAUUUGACCACUCAUCACGUGAAAAAAAAAUGAGUGACCUUUAAUAUUCAAGAAAAACAAGUUCAACAAAUAUUUGUGUGUUGUUUUUUAGAAAUGAUGAGCUGGAAAUGAGUGAGUGCCUUUUAGAGAUGUAUAUUUAUUAAGCCAUGUUCAGGGACAUCAUCUAGAGAAUGUCACUGUGUGAAACUAAAGACAUACAGCAAACAGAGCUUGGGGUAGCAUUAUUACCUAGACCAAGGACUUGGAACCAUUGACCAUUUAACAGCUGUCAUUUUUUUUUCAUUCUCUCUUAACAUCCAGAAAUCAGAUCAAACUAUGUUCCAUGGCAAUUACAUGUCUUCUACUUCCAUGUAGUUUGUGGUACCAGUAAAUAAUUCAAUACAAACAUGAUUUAUUUUUAUUUUAUUUUAUUAGGGCUAAACUAUGAGUAGUAGCUAAAUCCAUCUGCCUUAAUUUAGAAUUAGGGCACGUAAUUUAUCUGAACUUUCCCACACUGCUGACUAUCUAUUGAGGUUCUUAGAUCUAGUCAGACUUGUUUUUGUAAUGUCCAUUAGCAAUUGUUAGCAAAGUUGUGAGAUUGUUCUACAGUCACAAAUGCCCACUGUGAUGGAAGCAUAGCCAUUGUUGAGAGAUACAAAUAUAUCAAAGUGCUAUGUGUGCAGCACCUUGAAUGAUUAUCCACAACCAGUCGCAAAAUAUUUGCCACACGCUUAUGUCUAUCUUGUGAGUACUUUCUGGCAACUUUGGAUGAAACCUUUUCAGCACCUUAUACACCAUUUGUAGCAUGCAUCUUUUAUGGAAACAAGUAAAAGAUGAGAUAUCUGUUUAGCCUCUUUCCCAGAUGGUACAGUACUUUGAGUAUUGGCAAAUAAAAUAAAAAGCUGAGUACAUGUAAAGUAAAAGUAGAUGAAUGAUGUAAAAAGAAAUAUGUAAAUGUCACGACUGUUUGUCUUUCAUUUGUCGGUAUUUUGUAUAGAAUAGUGUAUUAUAGUAAAAUCAGUAUUAUUCUAAGAAUGUUAUUUUGUAUUGUUAUCAUUGUAAUUUAAGCGAAACCAAGCCAUGCAUGGUUUUCAAAAAUGUCUGCAGAUGUCACUUCAACUAGAAUCUGAGGGAAGUUGGUUUGAUAUUUCGGAGACUUAAGUGUGUGUUUUGUUGUACGUUUUUACUCUGCACAGACUUGAAAACAUGGUAGGAUGCAGUGAUCCAUAUAACCACCUUAGCACUUCUGUGGAAGCCUAAGAAGCCUUCGAUUCCAUUGCACUCAACAACAAUCCGUUUUUUCUCAUUUCAACAUUAGCCCGUGUUACCCAUCGCUGCCUGUGCCGUACCACGUCAUUGUGGGGCUUGGAUACCAGUGCUGUACUAUCAAAACUCUGUGAGCUUUUCUUGCAUAUAUGCCCACAACAGAAAUGUAUGUAUGAAAAUAAAUGCAAUAAAAAAAAGGCUCAUCAAA